AUGGGUGUCACCGAUCUUCUGUCCCGCAAGUCCGGCGUAAUUGUCGGUGAUGAUGUUCUCCGUCUCUUCGAGUACGCCCGUGAAAAGCAGUUCGCCAUUCCUGCUAUUAACGUCACCUCCUCCUCUACCGUCGUGGCUUCCCUAGAGGCUGCUCGCGAUGCCAAGUCUCCCAUCGUCCUCCAGAUGUCCCAGGGUGGUGCUGCCUACUUUGCUGGCAAGGGUGUUGCCAACGGUGACCAGGCUGCCUCUAUUGCGGGCUCCGUGGCAGGCGCUCACUACAUUCGCUCCAUUGCCCCGGCCUACGGCAUUCCCGUCGUCCUCCACACCGACCACUGCGCCAAGAAGCUUCUUCCCUGGCUCGACGGCAUGCUCGAUGCUGAUGAGGCUCACUUCAAAGCCACCGGCGAGCCCCUCUUCAGCUCUCACAUGAUUGAUCUUUCCGAGGAGCCUGUCGACUGGAACAUUAAGACUACCGCCGAGUACCUCAAGCGCGCCGCCCCCAUGAAGCAGUGGCUUGAAAUGGAGAUUGGUAUUACUGGUGGUGAGGAGGAUGGUGUCAACAACGAGGAUGUUGACAACGCCUCUCUUUACACUCAGCCUGAGGACAUCCUCAAUAUUUACAACACCCUCUCUCCCAUCUCCCCCUACUUCUCCAUCGCUGCUGGUUUCGGUAACGUUCAUGGUGUCUACAAGCCUGGAAACGUCAAGUUGCACCCCGAGCUUCUCGGAAAGCACCAGGCUCACGUCAAGGCAGCCAUUGGCUCUACCAACGAUAAGCCCGUCUUCUUUGUCUUCCACGGCGGCUCCGGCUCUAGCAAGCAGGAGUACCUCGACGCUAUCAGCCAUGGUGUCGUCAAGGUCAACAUGGACACUGACAUGCAGUUUGCUUACAUGUCUGGCAUUCGCGACUACAUGCUGAAUAAGAAGGACUAUCUCCUCACCGCCGUCGGCAAUCCCGACGGCGACGACAAGCCCAACAAGAAGUACUUUGAUCCCCGUGUCUGGGUCCGCGAGGGUGAAAAGACCAUGUCGAAGCGUGUUGCUGUCGCUCUCGCCGACUUCAACAACAACAACCAGCUAUAA